AUUUUUCCAAUGGCGGGGAAAGACAUAGAAGAAGGUGAGGGUAUUCCCUUGGAAAAGUCGUCCUCUGAAACACCACGGCCAACAUUAUGGAACAGGGUUAAGACAGGCGUACUCAAAAAUUUUUUGCCCAUAUGCCUUGUAUUUUUUGUCGUGUUGGGAAUCGUUGCUCCACAGCCCGGCGUUUUCUUCAGCGAACUGCCGACUCAGUACAUUUGCGUCAUAGGUCUGUUUCUUCACAGCGGACUCAAACUGAAAACAGGAGAAGUAAAAGACGCUUUGAAAUCGUACAAGGCUUUUAUAUGGGGAGUCAUUUGUAUUAUGUGUUUAACGCCGAUAAUCGGAGGACAUCUUACUGGGUUGUUACCCUAUCAGCCGUACGCGACAAAGGACCUUGAACCCCAGGACAAUGGUGUUUUCUCGAAUGGAAAUCAUACGCGAAAUGGAACCUCUUCUCCACCUACUACGGUUGAGGGUAUCUCGAUUCUUGGCCCAGCUUUAUUUCAAAUAGGAAUUCAGAUUUACUUCAUCGUUCCUUGUACAAUUGCCGGGGGAGUUAUACUGGUGAGUUAUAUUGUGGGAACGAGUAAGGAAUGAGUCAGGGAGGGGUGGCUCGGGAGCAUUUGAAGAACUAAUGUGAGCCGGUGGCUAAAAUUCUGGUUCGUAGUGGAAAUAUUUUUUUAACUGUUGGGGAAAAAUUGGAAAAAAGGGUGGUCACACAGCCCAGGGGGUACUUUCUCAUAUAAGCCACAUAGGUAUGUGCUGCCCCAAAGGGUGGGAUUAUUUUCAAUUGCACUGUUUUGGCCUGAAAAAGGGUAUAGAUUUUGCCCAAUUUGGUCUGGAAUCGGGUGUGGUUUUCGAGGGGACUACGGGAGUGUAUUAAUGUAUUUGUCAUUUCAAUUCCAUAUGAAUAAGAAAAAAAGUGUAAUAUGGGACAUUCGAAAUGGUUUUAAAGAAAUCUUGUUGGCGUUCUAAUCUAAGUAAUGAUGACAUAAUUUCGACCUAUUCCAAGUCUAAUCAUAACUAUAACAAAAUUCUCAAAUCUGAUUGGUUCUCAACUGCCCUGAUUUCAGCCUUAAUAGGACAGUUUAAUAGGACAGUACGCGUCAUGCCUAAGUAAUUGGACAGUACGCGCCAUCACGCGAAUAGCUAGCGAAAAAAUCUUGGAAUUUCUUGUGUUUUGAUUUAAAAAGAGCCCUAUAUAUCACAAAUUUUGUUAAAGUUAUGAUUAAUUGGUAACAGAACCUUCGUGUCGUCCAAUUCGGUCUGUAAUCAUACUCGUGAUUAAACAAAUCGGACUCCCGCUACGCGGUCGUCCGAUUUUGUUAAUCACUCAUAUGAUUACAGACCGAAUUGGACUCCACUCAGUCCUGUUACCAUUACUUAUAAUGGGUAUGGAUUUUGGAUGCCAGGUCUGAAAACAGGUGUGGAAAAUGAUAUCUUUUGGUCUGAAAUAGGGUCAAGAUUUGGAGAACCAGGCAGCACAUCCCCACCAAGAAUUCCCAGGAGUAACCCUUGGGUCACACGGGUGGGAAAACAAAUAAGCGUUUUUUGUUUAAAUGGGGGAGGGGGGAGAGUGGGGCAGUCUCUACCCCCCUCCCCCCAAAGCACCAACAUUAAUAACUUUUCAGGGAUAAAGCCAUAUUAAAUGAUUACAUUAUUAUUACAUUCUUUAGGACUCAGACUGUCCUAAUAUGAUCAGACAAAUUUGGUGCCAGGAUUAACUGUACUUAACCUGUUACUGAUGGCUCCUAUUUUCUUUGUGCUAUUUAUAGCAAAGAAAAUAGAAGAUGUCUGGAUAUUUGCUAAACUGUACUAACUCCAGGGAACAAAGGGGCAUAGUUUAUAAUUAAAUCUAGGCCAUAGCUCCCUCAAGUUGAAUCUGUUAACUCAGCAGAGGAACAUCUGGACAAUUUUAACUGGAAGAUCAUGGGCUUGAACCCUUUGGGACAACUCAGAAUUUCUAUUUUGCAAGAUGCCUGUGUCACUGAUGUAAAAAAAAGAAGAGAAAGAAAGAAAAAUUCAUUUCUCAUUAUGAUUUGAGUUAUCUGCAAUGGAGUAGAGGUUAACGAAUCCUGAAUGUCUCCUUGAGGCGGGGGGCAAGGGGGGAAGCUUUUAGCUCUAGGAACUAAGUUAUUUUUAAUUUGUGUAAUUUUGUAUGUCAUUUGGGGCUUUUGUUUACCUUCAGGAGUAGGCUGAUAUAUAUUGUUUACGUUGUUAGUAAUAAAACAAGUCAAUGUCUUGGUUUCUGUUUGUGAAUUUUCUCAAUCCUUAUUAUUUUUCCCAUUACAUGGAAUUUUGGUAUUCUAAAUGAGGUCAGAGUUCAAUAAUGAUAAUUAAUAUUAAAUUUUAUUCUCUAUCUUAAUUCAAAUCUUUACAAUAAAUAUUUAGGCUUUGAUUCCUUUAUUUCCCUGCAGACAGCCCAAGCUGGAGGCGCCGUAGCAUUAUCUGUUAUGCUCACAGUGUUUUGUAACUUAGCUGCUGUUUUUACUGUGCCACCAUUGGUGGCCUGGAUUAUAGCAUUUGAGGAUGUCAAGUUGGAUGCUAUUGCACUGUUAGUUAAACUUGUACUGACUGUACUGCUGCCACUUUUGGUAUGUAGAUGUAUUAAACCAGGCUUAAUACCAGAUAAACAAACUUUUUUUGUUGAGUUUCUAACAAUUAAUCGAAAGGAAUCUGAGCAGGCAGCUCCCUUAGGCUCAAUUUCCAACAGCUGUUCAAGAAAUGAGCCCAAGCUCCUCGCCUGAACAGACGGCUGGACGCAUCAGUUUGCUAUUGUCAGUUACCACCAAUCAAAUCGUUGCCGAAGAAAAUUGAGCAUGAACAGAAUUGUACAUAGGGGAAAAGUAGUCUUUGCUAUUUUGAUUAUAGUAAUUAAGGGCUUUUCAUCUCUUUUUUUUACAUUGGGUGACCGUGCUUUUUUAGCUGCGGCACCUAAACUGUGGAAUGGGUUACCAUCACAAAUGCGAAAUGAGCCCAAUUUCCAUAGGUUUAAAGGUUUACUUAAGACCCAAUUUUUUUAGAUUAGCUUUUUAUUGGGAUUUUUUAGGAUUAUGUAUAUAUUAUAUUUUUAUAGAUCCAUUGUUUUUUUAUAUAAUAUUUUUAGUUAUUUUGGAUAACUUAUUGUCGAUAAUUUACUUUCAUGUAAUGCGCAUUUGAUCAUAUUUACAUGUAUUUUGUGCAAUAUAAAUAUUAAACUAUUAUUAUUAUUAUUUUUCUUCUUUUUAGGUUGGCAAAGGACUGAGAUUUGUGCCAUAUGUCAAACCAUGUGUCAAAAGAUUUUCCAACACUCUCAAGAUGAUUUCUAUUGUACUCCUUACAAUGAUACCAUGGAUGAAAGUUAGCCAGGCAAGUGCUGAAAAUGCCUUCACUGAAAUCUCAGUUGCCAGUAUUUUUGCUGUCCUUGGAUGGGGUUUGGCAAUGCAUGUCCUGUUUAUCUUUGUUAUAUAUCCUCCAUGCCUUAUUCUUAAACUGGAAAAACCAUCUCUAAAGUCAGUCAUGAUAAUGGCAAGCCAGAAAUCUCUGGCAGUCGCUGUGACUGUUUCAGGAUUUCUUCCAUUUACACAAGCUGAGCAAGGGCUGAUAAGUUUGCCAUUGAUCAUCAUUCACCUUGGAAUUAUGGUAGUAGAUUCUGUUUGGGCGACAUGUUGGUUUGCAAGGGAUGCAAAGAAAGAGAAAGCUGCGGCCGCAGUUAACAUGUCAAAUGGAGAUGCUAUUAUGCUUGAAAAUCAAAGCACUGAUGGGAAUGAACUUGAGCCCUUGGCAGAUCCUGAAGCAACUGUUUAGGCUACUGUUAACGAAAUGUACACUUAAAGUACUCACCUAGUAUACUUAUAAGCCAUAUAACUAGAUGUAAGUUAUCAACUAGCUCAUUUUAAUUUAAAAACUUAAUGUAAGGAACCAAAAGAUAAUUAUUUUAAGCAAGCUUGCAAAGGGCAACAAGCCAUGAAAGUAUUUUGGUCUACUGUUAAAGUUUGGGCCAGCCACACUUCAGUGUCGCUUGGUUGAUACAGCUACCACAUCCCCUCAUUAAGUGCACUUCCACUCUGCCAAGCAUAAGCUCUCCCCUGAUAUAAGGUACAUUCUGACAUCUUGUUGCUAUUAGGAACACAGGAUUAAUUAAUUUUUCAGAAAAAUUUCUUCACCCGUCUUCUACAAUUUGCGCCAGCCCUAGUAUCUCUCUGUACAUUUGCAGAGAUCUCUUAACUGUAUCAUCUUGUUCUUUAAGUUUU